CACGCUUCAGCUUCUUGACUGAGACGCUGUGAUUUAUUUGUUUGUGUGUUUGUUUGUUUGUAUUUUCCCUCCCAUCACGCUGGACCGGGAGCGACCGUCCGAGCUGCUUUGACACGAUGGACAAAUGUUCGUUUUAACGCUUAAAGGUGAUUCCAGCGAUGUUGUGAUGGCUGUGAUGGAGUUGCCCUGUGCUCGAGCUUCGGAUCAGUAUCAAACACGUUUGUGUGAUUUCUGAGGACACCGUUUCUGCCGCAACAUGGCCGGGAGUCAGAGUAACUACUGGGGACAGCAUGACCUGAACAGGCUGUGCUUCGGCCUGGGCGCGGACGUAGAGCACAACCUGAAGGAACUCCAAGAGCAGCAAAUGACCAAGGAGUACAACUCCAACAUUGCUCUGUCGCAGACUCCUUACUACUCUGACACCUACCGCCUCACGCCGGAUCACUUCCUGCUGCCCAGUGACGGAGACCAGGUGGUCCCUUCCUCGCAGAGACGCUCAGUGUUGGGAGGCCAUCAGAAGGAGCCCAAACCUCUGCCGCCUCUGCCCGACCCCGAGGAGCUCAUGUCAGAUGAAGCCGCCGACAGCGAGGUCGAGUUCUUCACCAGCGACCGGAGGCGCCUUCUGCCCAAAAGCUGCCCCAAAGCCAUCCUCCGCGGCGGCGGCAGAGACUCCGGCCAGGUGAACCACGCCUACCAGGACACCUCGCUGCGAGCCGGCGGCGCUCGGAUAGGCGCCUUGUGUUUCUCCUGGCCCAGCAGAGAGGAUAAACCCACCGGUCGAGGAAACCGGUUUUCAGCCAAUAACUGGUCACUGGAUGUCCAGAGAGACGACGGUCGUCACGAGGAGCCGGCCGCCGCAGACGCUCCGUCCAGGAGCCACUUUUCCUUCUCGGGUCCGGCUCCUCAACCACACAGCAGCGUGGCAGAAUACCCCACCGAUAAGCCACAGGUGCCCCCUCGUAUCCCCAUCCCACCCAAACCCUCAUCCCUGCUGAAGACUCUGAGCCCCGGAGAGGAGGACAAGCCCCCCAAAAUCCCCCCGAGGGUCCCCUUAGUGCCCCCCUGCCCCCCGCGCUCCCCGAGCCCCAAAAGUCUUCCCAUCUACAUCAACGGGGUGAUGCCCGCCACCCAGAGCUUCGCCGCGAACCCAAAGUAUGUGAGCAAGGCGCUGCAGAGGCAGCAGGCGGAGAGAGCCCCGCCCGCCGCCCACUUCUCUCCCUGCAUCGUGCCCAUUCUGAAGGACGGCCGACAGGCGAGCGCCACGCACUACAUCCUGCUGCCGCCCGGCCGCCCGCCGCACACGGACAGACGGGAGCGGCUGCUGAGCGAACCCAACCGGACCGGGAGCAGCUGGCAGAAGAGAUGAGAGAACACUGUCGAAGUCUCACGCCGCCUCGCUGCUGCUUUCAGUGUUACACCACACGCUCGUACUGUGAGGCUACCGGUUACCCAUCAGUAUUUUGGAGACGUCUUCCUCUGGUUCGACGCCGAACACUUUUUAAUACAGUAUUCUCACAAAUAGUUGGUUCUCUCAGCUAAUAAACACUAUAUUUUUUCACAGCAGAGAAAAUAAUUACAAAGGCACAAGCUGGGCUUGUACCAAUCACUUCAUUCAGUGCUGCUUACGAAGUGACACGGCAGCAUCGUCACACUUAGAUCCACGUCCAUUUCACGUCACACAGCACGAGCGAAGCAGGGCCAGAACCGGCUCCACUGGACGGAUAAAGCUUGCUCUUUAUCGAUAUUCAGUGGCGUCUGUUGCAUCUCAGUCAUUUGCAAGUUUAUCUUUCUUCUUCAGCUGGUUUUCUUUUACAAACACAUUUAUGUAUUUCAAAAUGUGUGGUUAGAAAUCAUGAAAAAAUAAGUGAUUUCAAGAUACACAUUUUGAAAACUGUAAAUGUGAGGGAAAGAAAUUAAAUGAUACAAGUUACAGUGCAAGAUUACCAAUAUGUAUUAGGUCUUACUAGCCAUUUCAAGAAGUCUGCUCUUUACUGCCAAUGGAUCGCAACAGCCAUCAAUAACAAUAUCUUACGUGGUGAAAAACUCAAACUCUGAUUGUUUUAACUUCACAUUUCACUUAAAGUGAAUUUUUAAAAAGCAAGCAUUGAAAUUAAUAAUCCUUCAAUUAGGAAUCAUGUCUGUAAAUUAGGUUUCUGGUCUCGCUGACAAACCUUAAUUCUCAGAGAUAAUUAUUUUAAUAAUUCAUCUCUAACGUGGUGUGAACAGCCAAAAACACGUACAGAAUCGACAGGAUGUGGGGAAAUACUCUUCCUCUGUUUACCCUGCUGAGGUGCAGGCCGAUGUUUACUACCUGUGUUACACUGACCUGCUGGAGGUUCUCAUGAAGGAUCUGUACCAGAUUUAGCCCCAAGGAAAGGCUGCUUCCUAUGUUUCUCAUGUUGUGUCAAUUAAAUCCUUGUAAAAAUUGUUUUAAUCUAUUUAUAGAAAUAAAUAACUUAUUCAUUUUGUGAG